CGGGUCAAGCAUCACAUAGGAUCUCCAGAGGAAUCCAUGAUAAGGGCCAUUCAGUCACAAGGAAACUGAAUUCAGAAGGCAAGGUGGAUACAGUCCAAACGUUACAUAAUUUGAAUGAAGAUGAACUAUCUGGUUUCGAAGCAAAAUGGAACGGUAACGUUAAAAGACAACUGCCUGGCUGGAGUGGUCAAUUUGAUAUGCAUGGCACUACAGUAGGAUCUAGCAAGAGCGAGUGGAAGGGGAUGACAACUCUGGGUGGUUGGGCACUUCCAUCAGCAGAGCAGCCGCGAGACUCUGGAGCUACUUCAUCACAAAAAACUAAAAAUGUUGUGAGGAUCAACAUUGAAUAAAUCAAAAGAUACAUUUUAACAGCUCUUCUUACAUAUUUGCCUAUAAUAGAAGCGGCAAAUGGUAGUAACUGAGCCUGGCAUUUGCUUCGCUCAAGUAAACCGAUUGAUGUUUUAUCCACUUAGACAAUCUUAGACUCUGUACAUAGCAGCAAGUUACGCAUUUGAUAUAUGUUUGUCUUUGCAAUUUGCUUUGGAUAUUGUAGAUUGUUGAGAGUUUUUGUCUGUGGUUUUGUUCUGCACUGUGACAGAAUAAUAAUAAUAAUAAUAAUUGGAAUUACUUUGUUUCUGGUCCUUUA